AUUGUCGCUCUAGGGGCAGUGCGUUGGUCGUGGUUGGUUUGAUAGUGGACGGACAACACGACCGGCUUUAUACUGCGUAAAACAUUGUGAUUUUCCAAUUAUGGCACGAUACUUCAGAGAGCAGGAUAUUGAUGAGUUUCGUGACUGCUUCUACUUAAACGCCCAUUCAGGCCAAAUUCGUACGCUGGACGAGCUUACCCUCAUUAUGCGAUCUCUGGGAUUGAGUCCUACCAUAACCGAGUUGAAAAAGUACUACAAGAAUAAAGGGGGAAAAAUCUCAUUUGCUGAUUUUCUGGAGAUCAUGCACACACACAGUGAGAAAGAAAGCAUUCCCGAGGAAAUCGUCAAAGCGUUUCGCGCCAGUGACAAGAGCGGAUCCGGGCAAAUAUCUGGGCGGGAGUUGCGUCGCAUCCUCAUGAACUGGGGCGAGAAGCUUAGCCCCCGCGAAGCCGAUGGAAUCUUCCGAGAAGCAAAUAUUUCACCGAAUGGGGCAGUGCGCUACGAAGACUUUGUGCGAGUACUGUGUGCUCCUGUGCCAGACUACUACUAAUGCACACACCACGGAACGGCUUAUUGGCUCUCAUUCCACUUUUUGUGUGUAUUGACAUGCAUACAUUCCAGUAUUUAUUUACCUAAAUGAUGCUGUUGGGUGCUAGGAGGGGUAUAGGUGAAGUUUGUGCCUCAACUCUUGUAGCUUGCCUGUGUACCUAAGGCAUUUUUUUAAUCCUAAAACUCCUUUGCCUUUAAUAAAUCCACAAAAUGUGCCUUACACACCAGCACCUCAUGUGCCAGUGCCGAUCACUUGUAGAUCUAUAUGGGCAUUGCAAAGUGAAAAGGCUGAAAAACCAUAUUUGUAAGUUGCAGUAAAAUAUUUACAUAUUAAUACUUUGAACCAAUGGGUCAUCAGUUAGAGGAAAGGAGCCCAGAAAACUCCCUGUUGCUAUUUGUCAAAGUAUUGCUUGAAUUUUACAAUUUAUAUAGUUCUACAAGAUGUGCUGGAAGGACAAAUACUUACUUAUCUGGUUGUGAUAAUGGGAAAUAUUUCUUGUCCUAGUGAAACUGCACUUUUACACCUUGUAACCUUAUUGGACUGCCUAUCAAAGCCACAUAAAGAGUGUCAAAACAUGAAA